CCAGGUGACCUGCUGAACCAGGCGGUUAGCCACCGUCUCGAACUAAUCAAGAUUGUACGAGACUGAUCCGUGCCAUGCCCGACCUACUUCGGUUUAUGCUGAACCAGGCGGUUGAAUAGGUUGAUCAUGAUAUGAACCCGUUCCGGGCCGAUGAUCCGGUCUGAUUGACCGAGCAUGGCCCGUUUAAAUCUCUCGCGUCAGCCGGCCCAGCACGGAAACUCCGAACAAGUCGCUACCCUGUUCGCAAAGGAGGGACACGACCAGAAUCGCAAGAGAACGAGUAGCCGUGUUGGAAUUGUUGAAGUGGAGUUGCGAGCAUAUAAUGGUGAAGGAAGAAGAGGAGGCGGAGGAGAUGACGGAGGUGGCCGACAUAGUGCAUGCAUGGAGUUGGGGCGCCGGCACCGAUGGGCAGUUGGGGACGGGCUUGCUCCAAGAUCAGCUCCUACCCCAGCCGCUUUCUCAUCUCCCCGCCUCCGUUUCCCGCAUCGCCUGCGGAGGUGCCCACGCCAUCGCGCUCAGCGGCGAUGGUAGUGUUCUCACAUGGGGAAGAGGUACACAAGGUCAACUUGGUCAUGGGAAGCUUGAAAGCUAUUCUCAACCAAAGCUUGUCAAUUUUUUUGAGAGCUUUACUGUCUCCUACGUUUCUGCUGGAUGGAAUCACUCUGGUUUUGUUACAGAUACUGGGCGUCUCUUUAUGUGUGGAGAUGGCUCAUUUGGGCAGCUUGGCAAUGGGGACAACCAGUCACUUGACCAUCCAUGCGAAGUUCUGUUCUUUCCCUCAGGUCAUGUUAAGCAAAUAGCAUGUGGGAUGCGUCACUCACUUGCCUUAGUGAAAGGACCUUCAGGUGUUAUUGUCUAUGGCUUUGGAUCUGGGAGACAUGGGCAAAUUGGUAGGCAUCUUUCUCGGAGUCAAAGAACAGUAAAUUAUCCUGUAGUUGUUGAAGGACUUAACGACAGUGAAUUAGUCAGUAUACAUGCCAGUGGUGACCACAGUGCUGCAUUGUCAGCCGAUGGACAGUUAUACAUUUGGGGUAGACGCUUUGGCGGGAAUGUUGAUAGUUGUAUACCCCAACUCGUACCUUUAUCCUUGCCGAUUUCACAUGUUGCCUUUGGCUGGAAUCAUGCCUUAGUAAUGGCUGGUAUUUUUUGUGGAUUAGUUUACAUGCUUGGUGGGAACCGCCAUGGUCUGCUUUCUGGAACUCAAGAAGCAAACACAUUGGAGCAUAGAUUACCUACCUCUGCUUCACUCACCACCUUGGAUGAAUCUGUUUGGACUCUGGAGAGAGUUGUUUUCCCUGUUAAGCAAAAGGUGGCGAGCAUCGCAGCAGGGGCCGAACAUUCUACUGCUGUGACAGAAAAAGGAUUAGUAAUGACAUGGGGAUGGGGGGAGCAUGGUCAGCUUGGCUUGGGAGGCACAUUUGAUCGAACUGCCCCACAGAUUGUUAAUUUGAAUUGGAACGAAUCUUUUCCUCCGUCUCAGUUAGCUGUUUAUUGUGGCAGUGGUUUCACAAUUGUGGCAAAAUCCACACAAUAAGCUGAGUGUUUGGUUCGUGGCUUGCGUAUCAAUUCACUCUUUUUCAUUUCUUGGUAUUUUGCAAGUCAUGUGUAUUUGUCUAUGAUUAGGUCAAAACUCCAAAGGUAAAUUUGUUUUGUAACAUAAUUUUUUUGUAUAAAAAAAAUGUAUCACAUGAUACAAUUUCCAGAGCUUAUGUAAUCCUCUAGUAUUAUUUCUAUCUAAUAUGAACCUGAACAGAAGUUGAAUUCAAGAUCACUUUCAUAAUCAA